AUGUUGUCACUUCUCCGAAAUCCCAGAGUUACUAGCCAUUCAUUUCUUGGUUUCUCUCUGUUCUCUCUCUCUCUCUCUCUCUCUCUCUACUUUUUCCUCCAUCUUUCUUUCAUCGUAACUUUCAUUUCCUUUCUCUUACUAUCUUUCAAACUCCAUUUUAUAAUGUUGCUUUUCCGUCCUUUCCAUAUUCUGCUUACUCUCUCUGUCUUUUUUUAUCUCACCUUCUCUCUCUUUCUUUCUCUUUUUUCUUUCUCUUUCUUUUUCCCUUCUGUCUAUUUUCCCUCCUUAUUUCUCAAUACCUGGCUAUAUCUUCCCCCGCUCUCUUUCCCAUUAUCUCUAUCUCUCUCCUUCUCUUUCUCUAUCGCUUCUUCCUCUCUUCACCGUCUCCUCGCUGACUUUGUCCAUCCAUUAGUCCUCCUUCAUGAGAUAUUUUCUUUUUUAAUAUUUUCUCUCUGUUCACUAAAAUUAUUUUCCUUUUCUUUCUCUUUCUCACUCCUCCCCUUUUUCCUCUUUCUAUUUCUCCGUCUCCAACGUUACUCCCUAUGUUUCAUCUUUCUUUUUCUCUCUCCUUUUUCUCCCUCCCAUUUUGCAUUUUACUCUUUUGUCUUUAGCCGUUCGCCAUCGCUCUAUCUGUCACUCUGUCUAUCUAUCUAUCCAUCUGGUCACGAACUAGACAAUUUGUUGGUCGACAUUGAUCUAAUCAAUUACCAAGUCCUGAGGACAUAA